AUGAGAAAAUGGAAAAGCAUUGCCCUAACAAAGGAGGAAGAAGAAGAAGAAGUUGUAACAGUGGCGAUAAAGGAGGUCAGCGGAGAAGAAAUCUUUCAGCGAACACUUGCAGGGAAACUAUGGACGGAUAACAAGUUCAACGCACGAGUCUGCAUGAGUACCAUGGUGGGUGUGUGGAAACUCAAAAACCUGGUGGAAACUCACGAGCUAAGAACAAAUAUCUUCCUAUAUUGCUUUGCUACCAAACGAGACUUGGAAAAUGUGUUACGAAAUGUCUAA